GUUUCAAAUCUUUCUCAAUUUAUCGAAAGUCAAAUGAUGAUUACAUCUGCUCUGCGAAAUUCGGUGAUUGGUGUGUAUCGUAAUAGCCCCACGAGUUCACACAUUCUCUCUUUCUUUUUCUCUCUCUCUCUCUCUCUCUCGUCCGAAUUUUCACGUACAUAAUUCGAUAUAACUACAUAAAGACAUAUUCAGAUGAAAUUCAAAUGUAACGAGAUCGUGAGAUUGCUCGCGCGCGUUCCACAACACAACACAAAUAGUAAACAUAAAUCGCGAGUCCUAUUUUUGCCAGAGAAUCAUUACUUCGACCGUAUCUAACUUAGAAAUUGUAACAAAAUUCAGAGAAUGGGAGAGCAAAAAAUAGAAAAAGUUAUCAGCCAGACCCGAAUGUAAACAAUUUGAUUUGCAUCAUAUCAAAUCGUUGCGAAACUUUAAAUCGUAAACUUUAAAACGCAGCAAAUACACCGUCCGGCCAAUCAAUUGAUCGGUUUCAGUUUCUCGUCUCGAUGCAAAAACUUUGUAUACAUUGUACUCAAUAGUUUUGUGUUUUUUUUCUGUUGCCACACAAAAAUUGGACAACAUUUUUAUCGUGGCUAAAAAACACUAAUUAGUAGUUCUGUGGAAAAAACGAUCGCCAAUAAAAUUGUGCAUCAUAUUUUAAGAUUCGCGUUCACGUUCUCGCACAGUUCUAGACUUUUUUAUCGUUCACGUUGCAAUUUCACCAACCAAAUUGGAUGCUCAAGUGUUUAACCACUUAAUAGAGCAAUUAUAUCGUAUUUAAUAUCUCGUCACUUUGCUUAGUUUGAUGUUGAAGUAACUUUUUUUUUAAACGUGUGUGUCUUUUUUUAGAGGUACUCGAUAGAAAUUGUGCAUAAGAUAUACGUUUGUGUUUCAUAUGACUAAUACGCUGAAAAGACAUUUGUGGAAGUCGAUUUCAAAUGGUCGGUGUUUGCGAACAAGUGUAGCAUCUCAUUAAAAUAAAUUGAGGUAGCAGCAAAAGUGAAAAAGAGUGAAAUAGACAUAGACUCGAGAGAACGAAAUAGAGAGAAGAAAAAGCAGAGCACACGAAACGAAAUGGAUAAUAAAAAUUAGAGAAGAUAGCGGUGAAUGAAAACGAAUAAUUCACAUACAAAGCGACACAGCCAGCGAAAGAAAGCGAAAAGUGUUUAUACCAGAGUGAGAAGAAAUUAAAUAGACGAAAACAUCGCUCAGUAUCAAUAAGCUUGAAUUCAGAUUUUCGCCAGUUCACUUUCUGAUGUGCAUAUAACUGAUUAUAGCAACAGGAAUCAAGGAGUUUUUUGGUUGUUCGUAUCUAUGCCGGAGAAUUUGUGCGACUUCUAACGAUUGAAUGAAACGACCAGUCUGUAAUUAUCAUCCAUGUCAGUGCUAUGAUCAUCUGAGCGAAUCAAAAAUUCAACAAUUUUACCUCAAACAAAACUCGCGCAAAAAGCAUAUUUAGUUCUUUGUUGUUGUUGUUGUUGUUACAAUCAUCUUAAAUAACUUAUUAAAUUGUCUCAUCAUUUGCUCGCUAUUUAUACAAAUAAAUGAGCGGAAUACGGCAGCAAUUGAAGAUGUUGGGCUCGGCUUUGAUGGGGCGAAGACAUAAGGAUCAUGUGAAGAAAAAGGGGUUUACGGAAGAAGAAUUACACGAUCUACGAAUAGCCUUCGAUUUACUAGAUCGAAACCAGGAUGGGCGAGUUACAGCCGGUGAGCUUCAGUUUAUGUUAAAAAAUUUGGGCAUCGUUGUUCGAGACGAAUUAAUUGACGAUCUCAUCAAAGAAGCUAGUCAUGGUGGUAAUGGUUUGAUGGACGAAAAGGAGUUUCGUCAAUGGAUAUCAAGAAUUCAAUCACUCCAAGAAGAAUCCACCCAAACACCGUCCACAUCACAAACUGAUACAGAUGACGAUGUUACAAAGGAUUUAAUAGCAGCGUUUCGGUUUUCCAUCAAGAGCAUACAAAACUAUGUAAAUGGCCAGCAAAACAAUUUCAAGAUUUUUGAUUUGAAUCGAAACUCUGAAAAUUAUCGCUACAUUGAACAUAAUCAUUAAAUGUUAAAAAUAGUCGCAAAUCGCCGUCGGCUCUUUAAUUUCGCAUUUGGUUUAAGUAACGGUUUGAAAUUGUUUGAAGGGUAGUGAGUUUUUUCCAUCCCUCCUUUCUUCGACUGAGGCAACUCAGUGCGCACGCAAUAUGAGAAAUCAUUUACGGCAUGUGAUGAAACAUAAUUUUGAAUUCUGAUUUUUUUUUUCAUAUUUUCUUUGAUUUUCGGCGUUUGUUAUG